AGUAAUUCAAAAGGGAAUAAAAAGAUCAACCUUGAAUUUCUUGAAAUUACAAUAUUCUUAGAAUAGAAGACUAAUCAUUUUACGCAUAUUUUAUACGGAAUAACGUCUCGAUCGAGUGAACCAAGCUGUGCUAGUUUUGCGCGAAAUAGCGAAACUUCGUCGAAAGUAGAAAUGAUCGUUGGGGUCUUUUCUUAACAAUCGCAUUGAAAUUUAGCGCCAAAACGCUACCGACACCUUGUGGUAAAAAAAUAAAGCAUUUCUGCCUCUUGCGAGUGAGGAGUGAGCUGUCUCUCGAAAACAGUCUGCGCGUCCAACCGGUGUAGCUUUCAUCAUAAAAGCGGUUAAAACGUUGAAUUUACAAUUGUAAACGUAAUAAUCUUUUAAUGCCAAUUUUGAGGAUUUUUUAUAAUUCUCAAUAACUCGAAAAUCGUGACAGUAUCAUAUCAUUGAUUUAAAGAAAUAGGCAACGAAAAUGUCGAUAGGCGUACCGAUAAAAGUGCUUCACGAAGCCGAGGGUCAUACCAUAACCUGCGAAACCAACACUGGUGAAGUAUACCGUGGCAAAUUAAUCGAAGCCGAAGACAAUAUGAAUUGUCAAAUGCAAAGUAUCACAGUUACGUACAGAGACGGUCAAGUGGGACAACUCGAAAAUGUUUACAUUAGAGGAUCCAAAAUACGAUUUCUUAUAUUACCUGAUAUGUUGAAAAACGCACCGAUGUUCAAGAGACCUGGUGGCAAAGGGUCUGGCACAGCAGGACGAGGAAAAUCUGCUAUUCUACGCGCACAAGCGAGAGGCAGAGGUCGUGGUCAAAACCAAAGAGGAAGAGGAACUGGAUCAGCUCCUUGGCUCAACCAACAGAAUCAACCUGGUGGAUCACAAGGUGGACGUGGAAGAGGCUAAUUUUAUUGUGAACAUCUCCCAACUGGAUCACCGUUUAUUUUUUAUUGUCAAUCUGCCGAUUGUAAUUCAUUCCUGUACUUUUAUACAGUGCGUAGAUUAACGUUUUCUGGAAUUCAAUAAACCAUCUCAAUCUCCCAAA